AUGUCGGCAUCUAAAAGAUUAGUAGUAUGUGGUGGAAAUGGGUUUUUGGGAUCGAGGAUUUGUAAAUCUGCGGUUGCGAGGGGUUGGGAUGUUACUUCUAUUAGCCGCUCCGGUGAACCAACCUGGUCCUCAGUCUCGGCGUCCUCCACCCCACCUUCCUGGUCCCACAAAGUAACCUGGGAACGCGCCGACAUCCUCAAACCUUCCACCUACGCCCCUCUCCUCAAAUCCGCCGACUACGUGGUCCACACCAUGGGAAUCCUCCUCGAAGCUGACUACAAAGGAGUAAUCUCCGGGCGCGAAUCCCCCAUCUACGGUCUCUCCCGCGCAUUUUCCUCUCAAAAAUCUGGUUCUCAAAACCCCUUAACUCGUAAAGCGGGCGAGGACUUACAUUCCCAAGAAAGAGACGGACAAAUAACUUACGAACUCAUGAAUCGAGACUCGGCAAUCACAUUGGCUUCAGAAGCUUACAAGGAAAAUGUCCCCACAUUCGCAUAUAUAAGUGCAGCAGGUGGAGCCCCAGUAUUGCCGCAGAGAUAUAUAGAUACGAAGAGAGCGGCUGAAAGUACGAUUGCGAGUGAGUUUCCGAAGAUGAGGAGUGUGUUUAUUAGACCAGGGAUGUUGUAUGAUAGUUCGAGGAAGAUUACUAUGCCAUUGGCUGCAGCCACGGGGUUGGGUGCUGUGUUCAAUGGGCUAACGGGAGGGAUAUUUGGAGGGAUUAUGGGGGCUGCGGGAGUAAAGCCCUUGAAGGCGGAUGUGGUAGCUGAGGCUGUUGUGGAAGCUUUGAGUGAGGAGAGUGUGAAAGGUCCAGUUGAAACUCGAGAGAUUGAACAGUUGGCCGAGAAAGCUUGGAGAAAGGGUAUGUUAUAA